GCAACCCCGAGUCCAAAGCCCCGGCCUUUCCUUCUGCUAAUCCCCUCCGCCGGGCCUCCUCGCCGCCGACCACGUACACGCGCGCCCGCCUGACCCCCAGGGGUUCCUUCUCGCUCCCCUCGGCGGAGACUCUUCCGGGCGUCGAUCGAUCCCGAGGGAAAAUGAUAAAUCUUUUUAAGAUUAAGGGCCAGAAGAAGGAUGAUGCCGCAACUGCAAACGGAAAACCUGCUGCCAAGAAGCAAAGUCCAGGGGAAUUGCGGCUCCAUAAAGAUAUUGCUGAACUCAACCUUCCCAAGACCACCAAGAUCUCUUUUCCGAAUGGCAAGGAUGAUCUGAUGAACUUUGAGACCACUAUUAAGCCUGAUGAAGGAUACUAUGUGGGUGGUAAAUUUGUGUUUACCUUCCAAGUUCCUCCAGUUUACCCUCAUGAACCUCCCAAAGUCAAGUGCAAGACUAAGGUUUACCAUCCCAAUAUUGACUUGGAGGGAAAUGUCUGUCUGAACAUUCUGCGUGAAGAUUGGAAGCCUGUCCUGAACAUCAACACCAUUGUGUAUGGCUUGAAUCUUCUUUUCUCGCAACCUAAUGACGAGGACCCCCUGAACCAUGAGGCAGCAGCUGUUCUUCGUGACGACCCGAAGAAGUUUGAGAAAAAUGUCCAGAGGGCGAUGGCUGGAGGUUAUGUUGGUGAAACCCACUUCCCUAGGUGUGUGUAAGCCUGAAGAUGGUGACCGGUACUUGACUAUAGCAACUGUAAUUGAUCCUAGCAUGUGUGCUAGGAAACAUGUGAUGCCGACGAAGAAUGCUAGAUUUAAGUACUGCGGUCAUGUAAUAUAAGUGGAUGUGACAGUUGCUAAACAGAUGUUCAGAACCUAAUCAGGAGAAUCUGCAAUGAACUGUCGUGACAAAAGCUA